AUGCGCCUGGAUAUGGAUGCUGAAGUCUCAAAGAGAAUAAGGGCAGGAUGGAAGGUAAUUAACACAAAGCUAGACAAUACCAUACGUACCAGAGUCUUCAAUAGCACCAUCCUACCUGCGCUUUAUGUGCAAGCGAGAUGUGAACUUACGAAAAGGAUAGGACAUCAAUUGGUUACGACGCAAAAGGCCAUGAGAAAACCCAUGAUCGGAAUAUCAUUACGAGAGCACAUUCGAAAUGAGAUAAUUCGAGAACGGAGCGGAGUAAACAAUGUGAUUGCAGAGCACCGAAAGCGCAAGUUCCGCUGUACUGGACAUGUCACAAGGUUCACAGAUGACAGGUGGAUUCGUGCAGUUUCAGAAUGGUAUACAAGAGAUCAGAAAAGGUCACUUGAAAGGCUUCUACGAUGA